AUGGCCAGCGAUGGCAUGGUGGUGGGAUCGGGCGCGGCGGCAGGGCGGGGAGAAGGCGACAGUCUCACGGCGGCGACGACUGCGUUGACUUUCCACGACUUUCUGGAACGAAUGAAGCAGCCCGCCGCAGCAGAUCUCGUCAGACCCAUUCGCAAUUUCAUGAUGGCGUUUAUGAGCAAGGAGCCGGAGCCGGAGCGCGACAGUGCUAGCGUGCAGGCGUUUCUACCGCAGCAUCGAGGCCGCCUUCCGCGCCCACCCCCUCUGGCAGGGCGCCUCGCCCGACGAACUCGAAGCAAGGGCGAGGGGGCAAUUGGGGAGGCGCCUGAGUGGACGCGUGAGGCACCCCACCCUCCUCUCCGCCCUCCCCCACCCCACCCUCCUCUCCGCCCUCCCCCACCCCACCCUCCUCUCCGCCCUCCCCCACCCCACCCUCCUCUCCGCCCUCCCCCACCCCACCCUCCUCUCCGCGCUCCCCCACCCCACCCUCCUCUCCGCCCUCCCCCACCCCACCCUCCUCUCCGCCCUCCCCCACCCCACCCUCGAGGAGGAGGAGAGAGACCGGCUGGUGCAUCUUUCCCCCUUAAUCAGCGCCCCCUCCGCCCCUUCCCGUUCUCUCCCCCCUCCCCAUCAAUAACAGGCCCUGGAGAUGUAUCUGAUGACGAUGCUCUCCCCGCAGGGUUUUGUCUCGAGGAGGCGGAAGAGGAGGUGGGUGGAAGGGACCACCGAAUGCCUCCCCCCCGCUUUAUAAGCGGCCCCCUCCUUUUUCUCCCCGUCCCCCCCUUCCACUCUCCUUCCCAGGCCCUGGAGAAGUUUCUGACGACGAAGCUCUUGCCGCGUGCGUGUUUGCUCAGAAAGGAGGAGGAGGAGAGGGGCCUCCUCCAGCUCUUCCCGCGUGCGUUCGCCCCUGAGGAGGAGGAGGUGGAGGAGGUGGAGAGGGACCGUCUGCUGCCUCUUCCCCCUGUAUCAGCGCCCCUCCACUCCUCCCGUUCUCUCCCCCCUCCCCAUCAACAACAGGCCCUAGAGAAGUAUCUGAUGACGGAGCUCUUCCCCCGCGCCUUUGCCCCCGAGGAGGAGGAGGCCCUGGAGAAGUAUCUGAUGACGAAGCUCUUCCCGCGCGCGUUCGCCCCCGAGGAGGAGGAGGUGGAGAGGGACCGGCGCCUGACCACGCGCAUAGCGGCGCUGCAGACCUUCCUGCAGCCGCGCCACCUCGACGUGCCCGACUCGCUGCUCAAUGAUGCCUCGCUGCUGCUUGCAGAAAAGGACCUACAAAAGCUGGGGUCGUUCAAGGCACCGAGGGACAAGCUAGUGUGUGUGCUCAACUGCUGCCGCGUCAUCAACAACAUCCUCCUCAACGCUUCCAUGACCGCCGCUGCUGCUGCUGCUGCCGGCGCAGGAGCAGGGGAGGGCGGAGGGAAGGGCGGGGGGAAGCCGCCAGGCGCGGAUGACUUCCUGCCCGUGCUGAUCUACGUGGUGGUGAAGGCGAACCCCCCGCAGCUGCUGAGCAGCAUUCUCUACAUUCAGCGGUACCGCCACAGCGACCGCCUGGUGUCAGAAGCCGCUUACUUCUUCACCAACCUCGCCUCUGCUGCCACCUUCCUCGAAUCCCUCUCUGCUGCUCAGCUCUCUCUCAGUGACCAGGAGUUUCAGAGGUUGUUAGAGGCGGGUCCCUCCAGUGGUGCUGCUGGUAGCAGCAGCAGCAGCAAUCCGCAGAGGGAGAGGGAGGCAGAGCGGGUGGUAGCGGUAUCGGAGAUCUCAAGGGACAAGGGCGUGUUGAGGGAGCUGGUGCGGGCAGACGCCAGUGGCGAGCUCGCCCGCUCCUUCCGUUUCCUCUACGCUUCUGCUGCUGACCUCUCCAUCGCUGAUGUCUCCGACCUCCUCGCAGAGUACAAGGACCUCGCUCUCAGGCAUUAUGCGCUUAGUCGAGUGGUGCACGGAGCAGGGAUAUCCCUCCCGCUCUCCUUCCCCUCCAACCCUGCCCGUCCCACCACCACGGGUGCCGGAGUGAGUGGGGCGAGUGGGGCGGCUGGUGAUGCAGAGGGGGGUAGUGGCAGCAGAGAGGGGGCUGGUGAGUGA